GUAGCAGCAGCUGCGUUCAGACUGCUAAUUCCUCCUUCCUCUUCUUCCUUCUCACAAAUACUAAACAAACCCAGGAAACAAUCCAGCGAGAGAGAAAGCAGCGGCCGCAAGAAACAGCGAAGCAAACACAUCAAUCAAAUCCCGAGCCCCUCGCAGAUCCAGCGCCGGCGGGGGUCUCCGGCGGGCGUGCCGAUGACACACGGGGCCGGGGGAGAGAGUGGCGGCGGCGGCCUUGGGGGCACGAGGGUGCCGACGUGGAGGGAGCGGGAGAACAACCGGCGGAGGGAGCGGCGGCGCCGGGCAAUCGCCGCCAAGAUCUACACCGGCCUCAGGGCCUACGGCAACUACAACCUCCCCAAGCACUGCGACAACAACGAGGUCCUCAAGGCGCUCUGCAACGAGGCGGGGUGGGUCGUCGAGCCCGACGGCACCACUUAUCGCAAGGGAUGUAAACCACCUCCACAAGCACGCCAUGAUCCACUUGGAAGGUCUGCUUCGCCAAGCCCCUGCUCUUCAUAUCAACCUAGUCCACGGGCCUCAUACAAUCCAAGCCCUGCAUCCUCCUCCUUUCCGAGCUCUGGAUCAUCUUCGCAUAUCACUCUUGGUGGAAACAACUUGAUUGGUGGUGUCGAGGGGAGCUCCCUUAUCCCUUGGCUGAAGAAUCUUUCGUCAAAUCCUUCAUUUGCAUCCUCUUCGAAGUUCCCACAGCUUCACCAUCUCUAUUUCAAUGGAGGUUCCAUUAGUGCUCCAGUCACACCUCCAUCCAGCUCCCCAACUCAUACGCCUCGCAUCAAGACUGAUUGGGAGAACCAAAGUGUUCAGCCACCAUGGGCCGGAGCAAAUUAUACCUCUCUUCCGAACUCCACACCGCCAAGUCCUGGUCACCACAUUGCUCCAGAUCCAGCAUGGCUAGCAGGGUUCCAAAUAUCAUCUGCUGGACCCUCGUCACCAACAUACAACCUUGUUUCACAUAAUCCUUUUGGGAUUUUCAAAGAGGCUCUUGCCAGUACCUCAAGAGUGUGCACCCCUGGACAGAGCGGAACAUGUUCCCCAGUAAUGGGUGGCGCACCGACUCAUCACGAUGUUCAGAUGGCUGAUGGUGCCACGGAUGAUUUUGCCUUUGGGAGCAGCAGCAAUGGCAAUAAUGAAUCACCUGGACUGGUGAAGGCAUGGGAAGGGGAACGGAUACACGAGGAAUGUGCCUCGGACGAGCUUGAGCUGACCCUUGGGAGCUCAAUGACUCGUGGAGAUCCCUCCUGACUCCUGAUCAUACUACUACCUUAUCUGUUGUUCGCCUGGGUUUAUUCUUCAUAUUUAUUUGGGCGGUGCUCUUCUGUUUUAUCAGUUCAGGGUUUGUAGAAAGAGAGAAGGGAGUUCAGGGCACGUAUCGGGGUCCUCUGCCGAUGAUAUCCAUCCUCUUUCAAGGCUCUGGACUUAUUUUAGCUUGUGCAACUUGUUGGCUUCUUUUUAUAUUUCUUUAUUUCCUUUUUUUCUUAAGAAAUGGAAAGAUGAAAAUUGGCAAAGAAAAUGUAUGCUUGCUGGACACCUUAGGCAUGUUGAAAUUGUGGGGAUCAGUUAACAUCUAGCUGCACGUCUUGUUGCAUUCAUGUGCUCUUAUAAACAGGUUCAGCUGUCCUUGAUAUGACUGUUGUCCCUGUACUUCUGACAGAAGUGUAUGUACAUUGUACGUGGAUCAUUCAUUGGUUUGUUGUGCCUCCGCUCAUUAAAGUUUCGACAA